AUGUCCCGCCGCAAGCAGGUGAACCCGCAGCACUUAUCGUUGACGCACAGGGAGACAGUACGAGCCGAGGCCAAUCAUGAUUCAGGGGCGGGAUCACCAUCUCCGGAGCCGUCCACCCCCAGCCCUCGGAGGUUGGGCGCCGGGGAGCAUGACAUGCUGACCUGUGGCCAGUGCCAGACCAACUUCCCUCUGGGUGAUAUCCUGGUUUUCAUCGAGCACAAGCGCCGUCUGUGCCGGGGCCCCCGAGGCGGACCGGGGUCCUUCUCCAAGCCUGGGGAGGCUGGUGGAAUCACAGGCAUUUCCAUCUCACCCAGGGACAGGCCACUGGAGCUGGGGAGAGGGUCCAUUCCGGUGGAGGUGGGCAUCCAGGUGACCCCCGGCAGCGAGGAGGAUCUGGAGAGGAGCCUGACGCCGGCGAGGGGGAUCUGCCCCAAACGAGAGAGAGGAGAUAAGGAUGAGCCAUCCAGCUACAUCUGCACUACCUGUAAGCAGACCUUCACCAGCGCCUGGUUCCUGCUCCAGCAUGCCCAGCACACUCAUGGCAUCCGCAUCUACCUGGACCACCAUCCAGUCAACUGCUCCCUCACUCCCCGCAUGGCUCUGCCUCCACCCCCUGGUGCUGAUGCCCUGCCCCGCUCCCCUCUCCCCACUUUCCUUGGUGACGCCAACAACCCAUUCCACCUCCUCCGCAUGGCUGCACCCCUGCUCAGGGAACACCCCCCUCCCCCUGGGUACAUGGAGACCCGGCUGCCUGCAACGCCACCCUUUGUCAGCCCUCCCCCGCCGCCUAGACCCCCGCUAGAGCGGCUGGGCCCAGAGGAGAUGGGGCUGCUGUCCCAGCACCCCAGUGCCUUUGAGAGGGUGAUGCGGAUGACCCCCAUGGAGCCGCCUUCCAUGGACUUCUCCAGACGUCUGCGAGAACUGGCCGGCAACACGACCAAUAACGGGGGCCCCACACCUCCUCUCUCACCCAACCGUGUGCCACCCAUGCACCGCCUGCUGAGUCCCACGCUUUUCCAGCCUGGCGCCAAGCCCCCAGCAUUUCUUACCUAUGCCCCCCAGCCACCCACUUCUCAAGGAGGACACGGUUCUUCCAGCCCUCCUGACUCCCAGAGUCAGAACCAGACCCCGGGGAAAUCCAAAUCCUGUGAAUUCUGUGGCAAGAUCUUCAAGUUCCAGAGCAACCUGAUUGUGCACAGACGCAGUCACACAGGAGAGAGGCCGUACAAGUGCCAUCUAUGUGAUCAUGCCUGUUCCCAGGCCAGCAAGCUUAAGAGGCACAUGAAGACACAUAUGCACAACAAGUCUGGGUCCAUGAGUGGUUCCCCUGAACAAGGAAAUAGAGAAGAUGGAGGGGACGGUGAGGAAAAGAGUAGGGAGGGCAAUUCAAGAGGGAUGGGGAUGGACCAUGAGGAGGAGGAGGAAGAAGAGGAGGAGGAAGAAGAGGAGGAAGAGGAAGAGGAGGAAGAGCUGAGGAAUGGAAGUCGGCCAGAUUCCAACUUAAGUGAGGACUCUCAGGAGUUCAACCAGAAUAGGGAGAAUGGGCCAAGACAGAGUCCCGAGGACAAACCCCUGAGUGGGGAUAGAGUAAGUGACAGUGGCGGGGUGGGCAUCAUGCACCCGUACAACCAUCUGGACAAUCACCUUAGACUUAACCCUAACAAGAGAGGCCUGGAGAGACAGCCUAAUGGAGAUGGUGGAGAAAGGGGUGAAGAAAGAGAGAAUGAGAGGGAGCAGGACAGAGAGCGAAACGAGCAGGUGAACCAGAGGCCUAUGAUGAACGGCAGGAUCAGUGUUUCUGAAGCGGACUCCUUUCCUGGGCUGUUCCAGCGUCGGCCCACCCCAAUCACCAGCCCCAACCCCUCCAACAACAAGAGGAUCAAGAUAGAGAAGGAACAGCUGGAGCUUCCCCCAACCUUACCCCUCAUCUCUCCUGAGAACGUCUACUCUCAGCUCCUUGCUGGCUAUGCCGCUUCACGCCACUUCAUCAGAGAACCCUUCUUGGGAUUCACAGAUUCCCGCCAGUCGCCGUUUGCCACCUCCUCCGAGCACUCCUCCUCAGAGACGGGAAGCCUCCGCUUCUCAACCCCGCCUGGGGAACUGAUGGAAGGAGGAAGCGCCUCGGGCCGCAGCGGCAGUAGCACUCCUCAUCUUCUUCGGGGGCCUGGACCCGGCAGGCCCCCAAGCUCCAAGGAGAGGAGGAAUGAUACCUGCGAGUACUGCGGGAAGGUGUUCAAGAACUGCAGCAACCUGACGGUGCACCGACGCAGCCACACAGGGGAACGGCCCUACAAGUGUGACCUGUGCAGCUACGCCUGCGCCCAAAGCUCCAAGCUGACGCGCCACAUGAAGACCCACGGGCAAUUUGGGAAGGAGGUGUACCGCUGCGACAUCUGCCACAUGCCCUUCAGCGUCUACAGCACGCUGGAGAAACACAUGAAGAAAUGGCAUGGCGAACAUUUGAUGGCCAGCGAGGUCAAACUGGAGCAGGCGGACAGAGGUUAAGCCAGCAACCAUUACAGCCUACAGUGUACACAAACAAACACACACAAAAGCAGACACACACAUCACACACACAAUUUCUACAUUGUCAGAAACAACGUGCUGACUAUGUACCUUUAAGGGUACAACGGCUUGUCACUGGGGCAGUACCCUCUAACGUACAGCUGUUGUACCCUUGAUAUUGAAUUGGGAACGUAAAUGUACCUUUUUGACACCCAAAAAGGUACAUACCUUGAGGUCA